UUUUACUAUGUAAGACCUUAGAUUUGACAGAAGGUGUAUCGUUUAUCUUUCGACAAGCGCCCUGGUUUGAUGUGCAGAAACUACAAAUGAAUCUACCAGAAUGGUUGAAGAUUUUAGACAGGCGCCUGUAAAGACAGCCAAAUCCAAGACGAAGUGGUCCUGCGGGCGUCCCCGUUGCAUAGAAACGAAAAUCGUCGGAGACGUCGUGCAUUUACACUUUUGAGCUACCUAUAAACCAAGAUAAGUGGAGAAAAGCGUUUUUCUUUUCAUAUGCUGUGAAAGAAUAAUAUUCACACCACGUUUAGCGAUAUUUAAACGGACCUAACAACUGCAACCUACGCUAGUUCUGUUAGCUUACUUGCGACUAGCGGUCGUUCCCUCCUGUCUUAAGAAGUGAGCUGUGAAAGGUAGUGCACUUUUAGAACGAGAAUGUAAUCAGUGACAGGCUCAGUUUUGUUGUCAGCUUCUGUGAGCAUCUGUUUUUGCUGACGCGAACCCCAACGAAACGAUGAAAUAAGUGAAGUAAAGGCGAACCUCAGCUAACUGAUGGCAAGCUAGCUAAUAAUACUCCCUGGGCAAUAGCCGUCAAUCGGACCUCCUGUAGGAGCGUAACGGCAUCUUUUUUCAGGGAUUUAUAACAGCAAUAAAAAGGUGACGGGAAAGUAGGGAAAUAUGGCUGUCGACGCUGGCAGCAUCCCUGAACUGGACCAGAAGAAAUACGAUGCAGAGGAACAGGUGAAAAUCAUCUGCCUGGGAGACAGCGCAGUUGGUAAAUCUAAGCUGAUGGAGAGGUUUCUCAUGGACGAAUAUCGUCCCCACCAGUUGUCAACCUAUGCCUUGACUCUCUACAAACACACAGCCACUGUAGGAAACAAGUCCAUAGCAGUUGAUUUCUGGGACACUGCUGGUCAGGAGAGGUUUCAAAACAUGCAUCCUUCAUAUUACCACAAAGCACAUGCAUGCAUCAUGGUUUUUGAUGUUCAAAGGAAGAUCACGUAUAAGAAUUUAGCCAACUGGUAUAAGGAACUAAGAGAGUACAGACCAGAGAUACCCUGCUGUGUGGUUGCCAACAAAAUUGAUGCUGACAUGAAGGUCACGCAGAGAAACUUCAGCUUCGGGAAGAAGCAAGGACUCCCGUUUUACUUUGUAUCAGCGGCUGAUGGAACAAAUGUAGUUAAGAUGUUCAGAGACAUGAUCAAAAGAGCAGUGGAGUACAAGGAAAACCCCAGCGACUUCAUGGAUGAAGUGAUGCAAGAAUUAGAGAAUUUUGACCUCGAGAAGAAACAUAAUUCAGAAGCAGAAGAGGACGGACUGAAAGCAGAGAGUCCGGAGUUGGGUUAAAUGAUUUGUGAUGACCUCUAAAGGAUAAUUUAUGCUGCUUCUACCCAGUGUCAGAGAUCUGAUUCUCUGUGAGUGACACCAUCAUCAGGAACACUUAAUUGUCAUUUUGGUGGUCUGCUUUUUAAUUGAUUGGAGGGUGCCACGCAGUCAUUUAGUCAUGUUUUAAAUUACUGCCCUCCAUCUGUCUAGUGACAGUAACAGGGAAAUAAAUGUGAUGGAAUGAAUAGGAUUUUUGUUGUUUACAGAACUCAUUUAGCUGCUGUCAUUCAUACUUUGAACAAUAUCUACUCUUCUUAUGGUAGAAAAUGAAUGUAUGCGUAAGUGUGGCAAAAUUACUUUAUGAAGCAUUGAAAAGUGACUCGCACGGCAAAGAAAACGUGUGAUUAUAAACUCUAUUUGCUGCUGUUCUCAGUGUUUGUGUGUAGUGUUGUGUGCCGUGCCAGCAGGGAGGCUGCAUCUGUCGGCUGCUUUAGCAGCAUUAAUUUUAUGAUUUUAAAUUCUGUUUUUUAUCUCUUCAAUAAAUGAAAACUUAAUGUACCAUGUAA